CGUCUUCUCGCUGCCUACACUCCACCUUAAAGUGCAGAGAUUAAGUGGGCAUAGUGGGGGAGAGGAGAAGACAGCGGGUGAGACGAGAGGAACUGAAAGGGAAGAAUGAUGAAAGGGGGGAGGAGAGCGGAUCAUUCCGGCUGCCCGCAUCUGCUGCUCUAGUGGAGGGUAGAGAGAAAGAGAGAGAGAGAGAGGAGAUGGCACAACGCUUCAGCAUCCAGAACACACGGGAGUGGUGCGCCACCGAGACCAGAGCCCCGGACCCACCCGCAGCCGCAGCACACUCACCGCUCUCCCGUCAAGACUCUUCCCUGCGCGGCAGCGCCUCAGCCUCGGCGAGAGGCAUUAAUCAUCACUCGCUCCGUAUGUGCAUGUGAUUCCUCUGUGAGGAUUGAAAGGAGAGCACCUCGACUGUGUUUACUCCGUGAAGACCUUUGUUCCCCGACGUCUAGCACAGCUCCCUUCUCCACCUGCCAUGGUGACAUGACACACCCCUGCGUGGCUUUUGCUCCUUUCUCACACACAUAGACAAUCUCUUGAGCUCGUCAGACCCCCUAAACUUGUGCACACACUCUUCUAGGCACCAGCAAACUAAAAAAGUCAUCUCCUCCUAAGCACAACACUUGCCCCACUUCACGAUGACGGUGGCCGUGCGAUUCCGUCGCCACUUACGUAGGCUCUUGCUCCUGCUGGCCUCCUGCUGUUUCCUCUCCCUCCUCCUCUCUGCUUACUUUCUGUUUACGAACUCCUCCCCUUCCAUGCAGAUUGGACAAUCCCCCGAACCUGCCUGCUCCCAGCCGCUCUCCAUGUCCCCGUACCAUCAACUUCCGUACCCGUACCCUCCUAACCCCCCACACACAAAUGUUCACACUGACCCGGUGGUGCUGGUGCUUGUGGAAUCCCAGUACUCUCAGUUGGGUCAGGACAUUGUGGCUAUAUUGGAGUCUGCGCACUUCCAGUUUCGCAUGGAGAUCGCCUCAGGGAAGGGCGACCUUCCGCCACUGACAGAGAAAGGACGUGGCCGAUAUACACUCAUCAUUUAUGAGAAUUUAUUGAAGUAUGCACAUGCAGACACAUGGAACAGACAGCUAUUGCAUCAAUACUGUACUGAGUACAGAGUGGGCAUCAUAGGUUUCUACCGCUCCACUGAGAACUCCCCACCUCUCCUCAAACUCCGAGGCCUCCCGCUGGUGCUCAGAACCAACCAGGCACUUUGGGACUGCUGUGUGGUGUCUAGCUCACCUCUCCUCCACCUGACCAAGCCCGGGACAGAUCGAGGGGCUUUACCUGGGGAGGACUGGACCUCCUUCUCGUCCAAUCACUCCACCUACCAGGCUGUACUGCAUGCACGGGCCAAGGAGGGAGCAGGGGCAGGUAGUGGCGAUAAUCCAGGGUCUGGCUUUAGUUUGGGCCUUCAAGCAACUGUGGUGCAGGACAUGGGACUCUAUGAUGGGGUGAGGAGGGUAAUAUUUGGCCAGGGACUGGGCUACUGGCUCCACAGACUCAUCCUGGUGGAUGCCAUCUCCUACCUCACGGACAGGAAGUUUACUUUGGGUCUGGACCGGCACAUACUGGUGGAUAUAGACGACAUUUUCGUAGGGAAGGAAGGGACACGCAUGAAUGCCAAGGAUGUGAAGGCUCUCCGUGAUACUCAGAAACAGUUGCGUUCUCAGAUCUCCAACUUUACCUUCAACCUGGGCUUCUCUGGGAAGUUUUACCACACAGGCACGGUGGAGGAGGAUGAGGGAGAUGAUUUGCUGUUAAAGUAUGUGGAUGAGUUCUGGUGGUUCCCCCACAUGUGGAGCCACAUGCAGCCUCACCUCUUCCACAACGAGUCCUCACUGCUGGAGCAGAUGGUCCUCAACAAGGACUUUGCUCUGGAGCACAACAUCCCAGUGGACAUGGGCUACGCUGUGGCCCCUCACCACUCAGGUGUCUACCCAGUUCACCUGCAGCUGUACAAGGCUUGGAGACGCGUGUGGAACAUCCAGGUCACCAGCACUGAAGAGUACCCCCACCUCAAACCUGCCCGCUACCGCAAGGGCUUCAUCCACAACAACAUCAUGGUGCUGCCUCGUCAGACGUGUGGCUUGUUUACUCACACCAUCUACUAUAAGGAAUACCCUGGAGGACCUAAAGAACUGGACAAAAGCAUCCGUGGGGGAGAGCUGUUUCUCACUGUGCUACUCAAUCCGAUCAGUAUAUUCAUGACCCACCUGUCUAACUAUGGCAAUGAUCGACUGGGUCUCUACACAUUCGUCCACCUGGCCUCCUUUCUUCACUCGUGGACCAACAUGAAACUCCACACACUCCCUCCCCUGCAGCUUGCACACAAGUACUUCCAGCUUUUUCCUGAACAAAGGAACCCACUCUGGCAGAACCCAUGCGAUGACAAACGACAUAAAGACAUCUGGUCUAAAGAGAAAACAUGCGACAGGUUACCGAAGUUCAUGGUCAUAGGACCACAGAAAACAGGGACGACAGCACUGUAUCUCUUCCUCCUCAUGCAUCCCUCCAUCUCCAGUAACUUCCCCAGUCCAAAGACUUAUGAGGAGGUGCAAUUCUUCAACACCAAUAACUACCACAAAGGAAUUGACUGGUACAUGGAGUUUUUCCCUGUGCCCUCUAAUGUUAGCACGGACUUCCUGUUUGAGAAAAGCGCUAACUACUUCCCCUCAGAGGAGUCCCCGCAAAGAGCUGCUGCCCUGCUGCCCAAGGCCAAGAUCAUCACCCUGCUCAUCAACCCCUCUGACAGGGCCUACAGCUGGUAUCAGCAUCAAAGAGCUCAUGAGGACCAUGCAGCCCUGCGGUUCACCUUCUAUGAUGUCAUCAGUGCAAGACCGGGAGCGCCAACCGAGCUCCGCUCCCUGCAGAGCCGCUGUCUCAUCCCCGGUCUUUACUCCACACACCUAGAGAGGUGGCUCACUUACUACCCUGCUAACCAGUUGAUGAUCAUAGAUGGCCAUCAGCUGAGAACUGACCCUGCAGCAGUGAUGGAUGAAGUUCAGAAGUUCCUGGGAGUCACUCCUCACCUCAACUACUCCCAGGCUCUUACGUUUGACCCUCAGAAGGGUUUUUGGUGCCAGCUUCUUGAAGGGGGAAAGACAAAAUGUUUGGGAAAGAGCAAAGGGAGAAAGUACCCUCCUAUGGAGCCUGAGGCACAUGCAUAUCUCUCCAGGUACUACAGGGAACACAACGUGGAGCUGUCAAAGCUGCUGCAUCGUCUCGGACAGCCCCUUCCCUCCUGGCUAAGAGAGGAGCUGCAGAAGGUUAGAUAACCUUUGCAUCCUUGAACCAGGGUUAAGGUGAAGGGGUAGAAAACCAGGAAGUCACCAGAAGCACCUGACCUUCAGGUCUGUGGCCUUUUAGUGAACCGUGAGGCGAAUGCAAGGACCAGGUGCCUUGUUUCACCUAGGAGCUGUGACACUGCUGAGGGGAGCAGAAGUCAUGAACGUGCAAAGAAAUUUUGGUGGGCUGAAACUGAACUUUUGAAAGGACAGGUGGAUGGACGGACGCAUGGAUGGAUGGAGGAAUGACAGUUUCAGGUGACUCAGACACAGCUUUGAAGAAAGUGGGACUAAAAGGAAAAAACGAAUGAUGAAGAGAACAAUUGGAGCAUUUGGCAAGUCUUUGAUGCCCCACCCCUGUUCUGAGCUGUGGUGAACUCUCGUGCAGACCUGCAGUGGCUUUGAUGGUUAUUACUGCUAUUAUUGCUAUUAUUAUUGUUUUAUUUUCACCUUUGAUUUAUGAUGCCAGAACAGCGCUGGUCAGCUGUGUGUGGUUCCCAUAGAGACAACUUUGCACUAAAUUCUGUUCCAUGUAUUUCCAAGACAAAAAACAAAACAAAACAAAAAAUGCACCUAUGUGGUUUUGUUUUACUUUUUUUCUCACAAUGAGAGUGAAUAAGCAAGGGGAUAGUCUCAGGGUGAUCGACAGGCUGUUACUUUUCAUUAUAGGUGCUCAUUGUUUUGUGAGUUAAUUAUUUAAAGUGAAGCUAGUUUCUGGUAGCCUUGUUCACCCUUAGAGAUGUCAUUUGAGGCUUUCACUGGAAAGUAUGGCCUGGAAAUGAGUCACUUAGGCAAGAUGCAUUGCCUGCUCGUUAUUUUCCUGUGACAAGCCAUGCAGAAGAACGUUGUCCAUUUAGCAGAGCAUGAGUGCUGAUGAUUUCAGCGCUAAGGACUGAGGAGGCCCAAGUUUGUUGGAAGAAAACUGACCAAAAUCAGCCUAAUGAAUAUGACACUUAAUUCCAAGACCCUUUAAGUAGCUACUGUAACCGCAGGCAAUUUUUGUUUUGUCAGUGUCUCAUUUAAGUCUCAACCUCCUUUUUUUUCCUUUUAAAAACCAGUGGCCUAUGUUGUUGAGCUUCAAUUUGAAUGCAAAAACCCCUCUAAAUGUCAAACACAGAAACCAAAAUAAAAGAAAUGGAUAUGA